AUGCCAUCAAGCGAGCAAAAUGAGGCCCUCCAACAAGCUGGAACAUUUGAUGCCAAAGUCUUCUACCCCGCCGAAUUCCCACCUGACGUGCCUACAAUCGCUCUGGCGAAGUUCUCACUCGCUCUUUUGCUCAACAAUGACAAGGAUGAAGCACAAAGGCUAUUCAACACAUGCCGCACCACUGGGUUCUUUUAUCUCGACAUGCUAGAUCAUCCUACGGGUCGCCGCUUGUGGCGCAGUGCUUGCAACUUGCAUCAAAUUGGGCGAGAAAGGUUCAGAGAUACACCGAUUGAGAAAAAGAUGGAGUAUAAAACCAGGCCUGGGGUAAGGGUUUUUGAUCGUGGAUAUUUGAUGCGCAGCGCCUACGCUGGACAGCAAAACGCUGACUUGGAAAUUGUGAACAUCCCUCAAAGUGAAUUUUUCGGGACAAAGGACGAUGCCGGUGCGGGACUUCCGGGGUGGUUCUCUGAAGAGGAUCAGAGCGAUUUCAAAACAGCGAUGGAGUGCGGAAAUUCUGUCGCGCGCGGAAUCCUUUCGGUCCUCGAGAAGAAACUCGAUAUACCUCGUGAUUCUCUCGCCAGCCUCCAUAGCCUCACGGACGAUUCUGGAGACUUCGUUCGCAUUCUUCGUUACGGCGGCGUACCCCCUUCUACUGUCGACGAGCCAGAAGGCUUUCCACCUCACCGAGACGCAAUGAGCAUAGCGAUACUGUUCAACUGGCUCGGUGGGCUGCAGAUACCGAGUCCGGAAGCCGAGGUCAAUGGCUACGUUGUCAAAGACGAGGACUGGCGCUGGGUCAAGCCGGAAGCUGGAUAUGCAAUCGUUAAUCUUGGGGACGCCAUGGCUAUUUUCUCGAAUAACCUUCUAAAGUCCCAAAUUCAUCGUGUGGUGAAAGCCCCGGGGGAUCAGCGACAACAUGAUAGACUGAGUAUCAUUGUUGCAACGCGUCCCAAAAAUACGUGUUUGAUGAUGCCGUUCGAGAGCUCCAUUAUACCACCCAACGAGAGCACCGAGGUGCCGAUUACAAGUUUGGAAUGGGGGUACAAUGUGGUCUCAAAGAUACGACAACGAGCUGUUGCAAGAGGUGCUACUGAUUUAGACAACAUUGUCAAUCCUGGAAACGGGGGGAAAUAG